AUGGCAGUAUAUACAUAAAAUGUAUUAUAUGCUGAAUCAAUAAAUUUGUAAGAGGGUAAAAAAGUAUUUGGUGAAACAAUAUUUUUUGGUUUAACAAGAGAGGAAUUAGAUGAAACAUAUUUAACAUUGAAAUUAACAGAGGAAGAUUUGGAGCAAAGAAUAUUAAGGUUGCAGAUAAGAUUGAUUGGACAAAAGAAGGAGCAGUAACAGAUGUAAAAGAUUAAGGUUAAUGUGGUUCAAGUUGCAGGAGUAUUAGAAGGUUACUUCUUUACAACAAGUUGUAAAUUAAUAAAAUUUAUUAGAUUUUUCAACAUUCUAAGAUUUAAAUUUUUGUUGCAAUGGUGGUCUUCUAUAUAGAGCUUUUUUAUAUAUUAAAAGAAGUGCUAUAACAACUAGAGCUACUUAUCCAUAUUUAUUAUAUUUAUAUUAAUAUUUAGACUUGUGUUUAGGGAUCUUGUAGAAUUAAAAGAGAUGCUUAUCAUAUUAAGGGAGCUGUUUAAUUAGAAGCUACAGAAGCAGCUUUAAUUAAAUUUCUUAAUGUUGGACUAGUUUCAGUGGGUGUUGAUGCUUCAGAUUGGUAAUAUUAUAAUCCAGUAACAUGAAGAAUCUUUGAUAAUUGUGAAAAGAAUUUAAAUCAUGCUGUUUUAGCUGUUGGUAAUGUUAAAGAUUCAUUCAAAAAUUAAGAAUUCAUGGGAUACUGAAGGGGAGAUAGAGUUUAUAUCUAUUUAACUAGAAGUGAUAAUACUUGUGGAGUUUAUAAUACUUAUGUUAUUGUUGUUUGA